UUUGGGCUUUCCGUUCUUACUUCUUUCUCUUUGCUCCUUUUCUUCUUUUCGAAUUUCCCUUUAAAAAGAAUAUAUAAUGGGACUAAUUUGUUUUAUUCUGUUCUCCAUUGAUGACUGGUGAUAUUGCACAUUAACGAAUAACUAGCAAUGAUUUCCAGUAGAUAAAAUUAGAGUUGAUCUUUUAGGUGGCUAGAUUUAUGGCUCUCCACAGAGAAAUGAAAUCAAAUGGGGAUGAUCGUCGCCGUUUGCCACAUUCUCCGGCGGAGAAGCCCUUGCGCCAUUUCUUCAAGAUAAUCCUUCCUAGUAACCUAAAUGAUAUGAAACUGAGGAUACCAACUAAGUUUGUGCGGAACUUUGGGAAUGAACUUUCUGAUGUUGCUAAUUUUAUCACCCCUAAUUGCCGGCUUUGGAAAGUGGGAUUGAGAAAGGUGCACAAUGACAUUUGGUUUGAUGAUGGUUGGCAUGACUUUGUCAAACACCAUUCAAUCUGCAUCGGAUACCUUCUAGUCUUUGGAUAUAGAGGUUUUUCCGAUUUCAGUGUUUUCAUAUUUGAUGUGUCUGCUUGCGAGAUUGAGUAUCCGUGUAAUGAUCAAGGCCUUGUCCAUGGUGAGAAAUGUCGAAUCCAAAAUCAAGUUGAAGUGGAAGAUGAUAACCCCACUGAUGUCUUUGGUUCUGGAAUUUUAUCCCCAUCCUGCAGUUCUUUAAAGAGCAAAGUUUGCGAUGCAAGUGCAAGUAAAGAAGAACCCAGCAAAGAGGUCGCCCCAGCAGAACAGAACCUGGGGAUGAAGAAAAGAAGUAGAGUUGUUGUCUUAGGGGGGCACCCAUAUCUUAAGCGCAAUUAUGAGACAAGGAGCAAAAAGGUUAAGGUGGAGCAGUUGGAUCAAUUAACUAAUAUUGAUGCUAAUGAAUCAAGAAAAGGGACAUUGGACAGAUACGAAAUGUCUUGGUCACAUGAGGUUAAUGAAUUGCAGGACAGGAGUAGGUCUAGAGUUAAAUCUGGUGAAAAUCAGUUGCUACCAAGAUGUGAGGAAGAUAUAGAAAUUAUUACUAGUGAAAUGUUUGAGGUUAUGAAGUUCUCCCCAGGAAGUAUGAGGGCCAUCCAUGCUGCUAGAAAGUACAGCCCUAAACAUCCUUCUUUUAUGGUUGUAUUGUACCCAUAUAAUUGCUGUAACAAUGUGCUGUAUGUGCCAAGAGGAUUUUCCGAAAAGUAUCUCAGUGAAGCUCCUAACUAUCUUAUACUAGAAGUUUCUGAUGGGCGAGAGUGGCAAGUCCGUGUCCGAAAAAAUUGUAGACGUUUGGAUUUGGGAAGAGGAUUGACUGCAUUUUUUCGCGACAAUAAUCUGAAGGCAGGAGAUGUUUGUAUCUUUGAGCUGAUAAAAAACACUGAGGUGAUGAAAGCUUCUCUUUUUCAUGCAGUUCAAGAUGAUUUAGAAAUUAUUACCAGUGAAACGUGUGAGUCUACAAAUGUAUCCGCAGAAAGUAAGAAGGCAAUCGAUGCUGCUCGAAUGUACAAACCUGCAAAUCCGUCUUUUAUGGUUGUGUUGCGGCCAUAUAAUUGUUAUGACCAUGGGCUGUCUGUGCCAAGAAUAUUUUCUAAAUGGUAUCUCUGGAGAGCUCGCAAGUGUAUUAAAGUAAAAGUUUCUGAUGGAAGAGAGUGGACAAUCUGUCUCCAAAAGAGUUGCAAACACUUGGUAUUUCAAAUGGGAUGGAAAGAAUUCUGCAAGGACAAUAAUCUUAAGGCAGGAGAUGUUUGUGUCUUUGAGCUAAUAACAAAAAAUAGGGUGCUGAAAGCUUCAAUUUUUCAUGCAAAUCAAGAUGCUGGACCUGAGAAUUGAUUGCUAAGGUUAUAGAUGCAUUGUUGCUCGCUCGUGCAGGUUACUGAAGGCAUGCAGGGGGUUGCUUGAGCAGGCAUUGAAGGCAAACAGGAGCUCACAGUGAAUAUAGAGCUUCUAUCGCAGAACAGUGAUGGGUUUCCAGCAUUUCAUUUUGCUUCUAAGAAUGUAUAACGUGCAUUCUGAAAAAUUGUAAAAAGGAUUCCCAAACUCCGUUCUAGCAGGAGGAAGAAGAAUGCAGAUAGUUUUUUGGUUUUCA